AUGAAAUUUAGUUCAAAUUAUGAUCAAAAAACCCCAUAUACCUCUAGAACAACAACUACCACAACCUCAAUUGAAAGACCACCAUUACAACAACAAUUCUCUAGUAACUCAAUAAUUGAAACCCCAAAUUAUAAUGAGACAAAGAUUAAAACAACAAUAACAGAUUCAAUCCCAACAAAUGAAGUACUUCAAAAGAAUCAAAAUGAAAUUUUACAAAAACUAUUAUUCCAACAACAACAACAAAAUACAGAAUUUGAUAGUUUAAAAAACCAACAAGAACAAAUUCAAAAUAUUGUUUCACAAUACCACCCACUAAGUCCCUCAAAAGCAAAUCUUUUAAAUAAAAUUCAAGAAAAUGAAAACCAAUCGACUGGUGGUGCUUCUGAUUAA